UCUAAUUCAGGACAUGAUCUACAGCUACCUGGUGUCGCUCCCAACCGCAUCACUAUCCCACUGGUGGGGGAUGUAGAACUUGCCCAGCUACGUUUCCCUAUGCCAAAAGGAGUCCUGAGGAUUCACUUCCUGGAGGCUCAGGACCUGGAAGGGAAGGAUAAAUUCCUGGGUGGCCUGAUCAAGGGGAAGUCUGACCCUUACGGCGUCCUCCAUAUUGGAAACCAGCUCUUCCGGAGCAAGACCAUCAAAGAGAGCCUGCACCCCAAAUGGAACGAAGUUUACGAGGCACUGGUAUAUGAGCACUCAGGCCAACACCUGGAGAUUGAGUUGUUUGAUGAGGACCCAGACAAAGAUGAUUUCCUGGGGAGCCUGAUGAUCGAUAUGAAAGAGCUUCACAAAGAGCAGAAGAUGCUGUGA